AUGCGCUUGAACCUUUGGCUAUUGGCCACUGCGGUCUUUGGGGCGUCGGCCCCGGUGCUCGUCACUGGGCAGGAUGCAAGUCCACUUGACUUGAAGCUCGUCCCCGUGAAGCUCGAGAGCGAGAACAUGGGUUCGGUCCGCGAGUAUUCCACAGUAAUGUACGAGGUGCUCGAUGGUAUCAACCAUGUCAAGAAAGUAUUGGAGGCAGACCAGAUGCUGACUGCUCACGAGAUCUCGUCCGAAGCUCAGAUGGAGAAACUGUCCACAACAAGCAAAAUGCUUCACAAAGCUGUGCAGGAUUUUCAAAGCACCCCAGAGGUGGAGAUGGCUCCCGCGGAGCUGCAAAUUGCCAUUGAGCAGCUCUCUAAGGAGCUGGAGGAGACCCAUACGGUUGUCACGGCUGCUGUAGCGAGGGAUCUUGGAACAACCACCUCCCAGCCUCAACGUCGCUUGGACCUGGAAGGUGAAAAUCCCACACAAAAACAGAAGCAUCCACUAAUCCGGCAGUAUUCUCAACACAGGAAGCUUCGUCGUCAUCUAGACAUUCAUGACAAGCUUACAAAUGGAGAUCACUCCUUUGUCAACGACCUAAUGAGUCGUCUGUCUCAAGGCUCGCGCCGCACCCGUUCUCAUGGUCGCAACCUCGCAACAGCCAACGAGACACUCGUAGAGACGUGUGACAAAGUCGUGGCUUGUAUGAAUGAAUACACUUUAUUUGACUUUGUGGCGUACUUUUAUGGUGACUAUGUCGGUGAUGAUGGCGUAAUUGAUUCCGACAAGAUUCCAAAAAAGCAAGGAUACAAAGACUUCUUCGACAAGCUCGGUGCCAUUCGUGACGUGAUGAAAACUGUCAGCACAGAUAAUGGCUCUAAAGUCAACAAUUGUCGCAAGUUGAUGAGAGAGAUGCACAAAAACGAAUUGAGUGAGCUCUACAACGAAACGUAUUACGAGAAGUACGUUGGUCCGAGCUGGCGAGAAGUCUGUUCUGCGGAAGGCUCCACUAAGUACAUAAAGCUCGAAGAAAUCAAGAAUAAGGUUGGAAAGAAUGUGGCCUACCACUUAUUCGAAGAUAUGGCACUGUGUGCAGAGGACAUCGGAGAUCCAAUCCUGUUCGACGACGAUGGUCUUGCCAGGGUACCAAUUAAGCCGGACAGUGACAAGCGUUUUCAACGCUCACGUUCAAUUGCUGGUACCCGUUACGACUUCGAUGAAUACGGCCAGCCUGGGUUUCCUAUUGAACCAAAAGCCUUCUUUAGGUAUGUGACGCUGGAUCCUCUCCAAAGCUCACAAUUCCGGAUCGUUCAUCCGGAUUGCUACCACAAAGUCAACAAAUACUUCAAGGAUGUGGUGUUGAGAUCGCAUUUCAAUAUUUCCAACGUUGACUAUCUGGGAAGGUCCUACCCAAACAAGAUAGUUUGGGAUUGCGACCAAACGGAACAGCAUUCGGACACUAACAGGGAUUACAAGUGCACUGUCAAAAUCGAUAACAAGGACAUCUGCGGAGUGAUGGAAGUCAAGAACAAGCGCUACCAUCCGUCGACCGAAGAUGUUGUUGGUUCCGGGGUCGUGUCGAAUACACUUGAGGAGGGGUCUGUCUAUUCCUUGGAGCCGUUCGACAUGGAUGACACCAUGUCUAUUCUCCUAGGCCCCAAGAAAAGCAUUGGAUUAGUUUGUGCCUUUAGUGAGACCACAAAGGAAAUGCCAGGAUACUGCUGCUUGGACCAACCAUGGGAACGCGAGGGAGACCUCUUUGGGGUCAAGUAUGCUUGUGAGGAAACCAAGGAAAAGUGCAAUCAUAUUGCAACUGGCCUUGGCGGGUUCUCUGAAGACUCUUGCAAAAUCUACUCGGGAACCUAUUGCACUAACCCGGUUGACUGCAGUGCGCUUUCUGAGUGUGUGAAGAGUGAGCUUGAGUGGGCAAAAGCGAACAAAAGAGCAACAUUCGCAGCCUUCUUGGGGGCUGCCCCCCAAGCCAAUGACACCUCCAGCUUCGCUGCCUGUGCAGAUCUGAAGGAAUAUUUCGGAUUCCCGAGUGAAUAUCCCGACGUGUUGGAGAUUUGCGAAGAUAUUUCUUAUUUGAGAUAUGAUAGUAAUUUUGAAAAGCUUGAUGGUUCCGACUCUGGCUCCAGUGGCGAACUACCGGACAUGCCAGAAACUGAAGAUUUGAAGCCCCCCAAAACCCAUGCGAAAAAUUCUAAUUAUUACAAUGAUCAGGUCGUUGUCCUGUACCAGCUGGAAAAAUCGACGCUGACCCUGGAGAAGGUGUAUGAUUUGCUUGAUGCUUUCACUUGCCCAACGGGAAUCCCAUGGGUGACUCAGGGAUGCCAAACUGUCAAGAACAUCGCUAUUGUUAUCGCCUUCCUUGCCAAAUGGGACAAUGAAAGUUCCUCUAUUGUCUUGGACUACAAAUAUGGGCAGGACCAGAUCAGCGACUUUGACAUGUAUACGCUCUCUGAGAAUGCUGCUGCCGUCUUUGGUAACAUGAAACUGUUGAACGCGAACCUGAAAUCCAGCACAGGAGCACUCUACAAAACAUUGGGGGCCAUGCAGAAAGAAAUCAUUACGAUCAAAGAGACUGUUAAAAGUUCGUCUGCACGAAGGCUAGGUCACCUCAGUGCGAGGACGAUGGUUGAUUCCGAUGGUUCGAUCACUGAAGUUUUGGAGGUUCGGCCUCUCCCUUCCUUGGGUUGGGAGCAAGACAAGGAAUCUGGUCUGAUCCGUGUCCCACAGCAGGUCUUUCAGUCGGCUGAACAUGCCAUCAACUUCCUUCACAGCUCGCUCAGUUCACACGAUGAUGGAGCUGAACUCAAUAUCACGGAAGCAAUUGCUUUGCAAUGCAGCUCAGAGUUUGAAGUUCUGCCAGUUCCGACCAAGAAUAUCACAACUGCAAUCAACGGCACCAUUGGAAUGGCGAAGAAGUUCUUGCUUGCCGUGGAUACGAAGUCUCCUGUUGUGCACUGUGGCUUCUCGAAGGACUCUGUCGUAAGCAGCGAUGGCAAGGCAUUGCUCUUGUCGGAGAAGCGCAACGACGGGGGUCUCUUGGAUAGUACCUUCUGGUACACGAUCAAGGACGAUUGCUCGAAAACCGUCGUCGUUGAUGUCGUCGUAAGCAGCAACGAGUUCGAUGAAAGGACAAGCGUGUUCCUUGCCAAGUCAGUAACCGGGGGAUCAAAACAGGCCAAAGUCUUGGUUGCGCCCACAACGUGCAAGGGCCGAAAUCUGGGUGCCGGGUUGUGUCACUCCAGUUCCACAACCACAGAACGGGUCUAUGACAUUCGCGUCACAGCCACUGAUUCCUCUGGCUUGGUGGGUGUUGAUACGUGCCACAUUGUUGUGACCCCUCCCCAUGAAACGGACGGUAAUGUCGGAGAUUCCUUGGGCAGCAACAAAUCAGUCCGCGGUGCCCGUGACGGACUAGCGGAGCUGCUGGACGAGGCCGCCAAAGACCCGCAGUUCGAGGUAGCUUUCAUGACCAUCACAACAGAGAGUACCUUUUAG